AGCAGUGUUGUGAAAUGAGGAAAAACACUGCCCCCCUGCUUUCAUCUCUAGGUCAAUAUUUACCAGUGUUCUCUGAGCUUUUGGGUGCUGUAGAGAACUGGACAGAACCGUAAGGAUCUCAUCAGAAGCCAUCAGAACCAAGACCCCUGAGGAGCCCAAAGACUAUUCCAGAGAAGCUUCACCUGCUAGUCCAUUGCCCACCACAGCCCUUCCCAGGAAGAUGCUUGCCAUAGACACAAGGACCAGGCAGCUCAAUGUCACGUGUACCAGCUCAGUGGACAUGGAGCUCUUCCUCCACUACUCCCUCAUUCCAUCACUCUUCAUCAUUUUGGUUUUGUCCUUUUUCCAAAAACGAGCGCAUCAUAGACAAAGAGAGGACACCUCUUUCCUCCUGGGGACCCACUUUGGAAUCAUCAUGCCUCUGGACUUCGUGGGGACUUUCAGUAACCGAUGGUCCUAUGGAGUUGCUUUUGGGGCCACAGCCAAUAAGGUCAUGUUCUUGUUCUCAGAAGGCUACCAGCCCCUGCGGGUCCCGCAGUGGGCCCAAGCCUUUGUGCUUCUGAUUGGAGGCUUCGAAGUCGGCCUGUCAUACUUCCCCUUCUUUGCCUGCCUCUCCUCCAAGUCCCAGCUGGCCAGCUCAGUCCUCGGCUUCAGCUACUCUCUGAUUUGGUUUGCAGUCACUAUUCUUCAAAUCUCGCAGUGUCCCCAUGGGCAGUUUAUGGGGAGAUAUGAGACCCUCGUGUUCUACUGGCCCUCACUACUGUGCCUGGCUUUCCUGCUGGGCCGCUUCCUGCACAUGUUCAUCAAGGCUCUGAGGGUUCACCUGGGCUUGGAGCCCCAGAUGGAAGAAAGGCCAAUGCUGGAAGUCCACCAGGCAGAGCACGUAAAACAACUGCUGAGGAAGGCCCGCCCGCAAGAAAGUCAAAGAUCCUGGUUCCAAUCCAGGGUGUAUAAGUGGGACCCCUGCUUCCAGUUCCCAAGCAGAAUGAUCGGAACCAUUGUGCUGGCUUUCAUAUGCCUGUACCUUUUUAUUGUCAUUGAGUUCUGCAUGUUCGUGUAUGUGAGGGAUGAGUUGGAUGUGUUCGAAGAGAAGCUGGAGAGCUACCUCACUUAUAUGAAUGAGACAGGGACGCUGACCCCAGUUAUCCUGCAAGUCCAAGAACUGAUCAGUGUCACCAAAGGAGUCUGGGUGGUGACCAUUCUUCCUGCCUCCCUCACAUGUGUGAGCUAUCUGUUCCACAUUCUGGCCUGUUACAGAAAGCACAUAAAGAGGCUGUGGGCAGGAGACAAACAGUUUCUCCCUCCAAGGUUCCACAAUCCCUCCUCAGCAGAGAGCGUGGUGGCCAUUGCAAGAUACUCUGGCUGGCAAAUAGCCUAUAUUCUGUGGGGAUACCUCAUCAUCCAUGUGGUACAGAGCCUGUGUGGCAUGAUGAUCAUGUAUGGCCUGGUGCUGCCUGUCCUCCACAACCAGGGCCUGGAGAUGCUCCGAGGGCUGGGUCUUGGGAUCCUCACUCUAUCCAUCGUCGUGGGCCUCAUGAUCCUGCAGGGAUGGAUCGCCGCCAGCUUCUUCCUGCAGCCCAAGCUGAGCACAGCUGACAAGCAGAAACCCUUGGCUCUCAACAACAGGAAAGUCUUCCACAAUUUCAACUACUUCCUGUUCUUCUACAACGUGCUGCUAGGUGUGGGCGCUUGCCUCUCCAGGCUACUUAUCAGCUGCCUCUUGGGCUCCUGGCUGAUUGCACGCAUUGACAGGACCAUCAUGCAGAGUGGCUAUGAGGGGGCAGACAUGGGGUUCAGUGCGUGGAUCGGCAUGCUCUAUGUGGAUCAUUAUCACACCAAUCCUGUGCUGGUCAGCUUUUGCCACAUUCUCAUCACAGGCCAUAGGGAGAGGAAGCUGCAGAAGGCGAUCAAAUACUGGUACCUAAACCAAUCAGCAGGUCCCCGCAUCUCAGCAAGGUCCAGAAUGAGGUGGCUCCUGCUGCAGACCUUGAUCAACAACCCCAGACUCAUCAUGCUCAGAAAAUCAAAACCAGGUCAUGGUUCCCACGAGUUCACCCAAAUUCUAAUGACAUGCUCAGAUUGUUGACUCUGGCCACCAUCUGCUACAAGGCCAGGCCAUCUGCUCCCAAGAGAAGGCUCUGUUUAACCAGCAGCUAUUACCUGCAGUGGGAAGGGAUGGCACAGGCUCUGUUCUCAUACAUUGCAGUCAGCAUUAUCCAUACAGAAGAUGGGUUAAAGGCUCAGUACCAUUUCUCUCCUUUGACCAAGAAAAAAAAAAUGAGAAACUAAAGAAAGUCUGUUGAUCAAACUGCUACUUCCACUACCCAUUGAGGAGUUGCCUAUUAACAGAAGAACUAAGUUCAGCUCUAAGGCAGAACUGCCACUGAAGAAGGUCUGCAUUAAGAGACACUAUUUUUCUCUGGAACAGAGGAUGGCCCUCAAUGCAGCAUGCUCCUUACUGCUUCCUGUUUUGCAGGUGUCACGGCGGGUGGGAGAGAGGAUGAGCAGAUUCCAAUGUACUCUCUGUCCUAUAGCCACUAGGAUGAGGACCUAAUCUGGGCUUUGCCCUCAGAAUCUCCCUGACAGCAAUUGAAUCACCUGUCUGAGGAAGCAGAGCUGAGGUGGGCAGGCAUGUGAGCAGGCAAGCCCCAGGAUGUUUGAUGAGGGUGAGCCAAGGAACACAUGAAGGUUCAGGGUGCUGAUUUGAACCAUUUCAAGGACACCCAAAUGCCAGGCUGGGAGACAUGGACCCUUGUCCUAGUAUAGAGCCCAGUACUUACUCAAAAAUUUCAUGCUCCAGGAUAAAGUCUCACAGCCCUCGACCUGCAGAAAUUGUGACCAUUCAGAUCCCUCAUGAGCCUGAGCAAGUACUGUGAGGCUUCACCAAUAUGGCAGAGGAGGACUCCUAUCAUGAUUCCAGCGUGAUUAUAAUUUGGCUGGUACAUGCAGAACAUUUUUCUGUCUCAAAGUUACAUCACAGUCUGGUUAAUUCAAGACUCUAGAAUUCCAGAGACUAGAUUCCUACCUUGGACCUGUUUUCCAUCUCAGAGAUCUUGGCUAAGUUUAACUCUUGAGUUUCCAUAUUUUUCAUGUGCAAAAUAGUCUAAUUAUGGCAUCCCUCUCAUGG